CAGAAAUCUGUUCUCCCUUGGGGGAGUGUCAGAGAUGGGAUCGCAUGGGAACAGGCUCCGGCACAGCCUGACGUGCAAGAGGCCACAGAGGCAGCUGUGGGGCGAAGACCCAGGGACAACCACAUCCCCCUUGGGGGGCAGAAACCGCCCCACACCCCCCUGCCUGGCUGCUUGCCUCGCUCUGCACAGACACCCGGAGGUCAGGGGCUGCUCCACUUCUUCAGCUCUGCUGCUCAAAAUAGAAAAUCUCAAAACAUUGGACUUUCUCUGGGCUAAAAACAGCUGCUGGCGCCUGGGAGCUGGAGCUCAAGGAACACUGGCCCCCGCCAGCCCUCCCAGCCCCUGCCAGGGUGGUGGAGGAAACAGGAAAGGCAAGAGCAAGAAAUGGCGCCAGAUGCUGCAGUUCCCCCACAUCAGCCUCUGCGAGGACCUUCGGCAAACCCUGGAGCGGGACUACCACAGCCUGUGCGAGAAGCAGCCCAUUGGGCACAUGCUCUUCCGGCAGUUCUGCGAGACGCGCCCCGAGCUCUCACGCUGCGUCAAGUUCCUGGAUGCUGUGGCAGGGUACGAAGUGGCUCCAGAUGAGAAGAGGAGGGAAUGUGGGCAGCACCUGAUUGAAAAGUACUUGAAGCCAAACAGUGAGGACCACGUGCCUGAAGUUCCCUCACAACUGGUGGAUGCCUGUUGUGAGAGGCUGGAGCAGGAACCUUCCAAGGAGCUCUUCAAGGAAUGCACUAAGCUUAUCCACGACUACCUGAGCGUGGCUCCCUUUGCUGACUACCUCGACAGCUUGUACUUCAACCGCUUCCUGCAGUGGAAAUGGCUGGAAAGGCAGCCAGUGACCAAAAACACUUUCCGCCAGUACCGUGUGCUGGGUAAGGGCGGUUUUGGGGAGGUGUGUGCCUGCCAAGUGCGUGCCACAGGGAAGAUGUAUGCCUGCAAGAAACUGGAGAAGAAACGGAUCAAAAAGAGGAAAGGAGAAGCCAUGGCCCUGAAUGAGAAACAGAUCCUGGAAAAAGUGAACAGUAGGUUUGUAGUGAGCUUAGCCUAUGCAUAUGAAACUAAAGAUGCUCUCUGCCUAGUGCUGACCCUCAUGAAUGGAGGGGACCUCAAGUUCCAUAUCUACCACAUGGGAGAGGCUGGUUUUGAGGAGCCCCGGGCAGCUUUCUAUGCUGCUGAGAUCUGCUGUGGCCUGGAGGACUUGCACCAGGAGAGGAUAGUGUACAGGGACCUGAAGCCAGAGAACAUAUUACUGGAUGACCAUGGUCACAUCCGUAUCUCAGACCUGGGACUGGCUGUGCAUGUGCCAGAGGGCCAAACAAUCAAGGGCCGGGUGGGGACAGUUGGCUACAUGGCUCCCGAGGUGGUGAAGAACGAGCGCUACACGUUCAGCCCAGACUGGUGGGCUCUGGGCUGCCUGGUGUACGAGAUGAUCGAGGGCCAGUCCCCCUUCCAGCAGCGCAAGAAGAAGAUCAAACGGGAGGAGGUGGAGCGCCUGGUGAAGGAAGUGCAGGAGGAGUACUCGGAGAAGUUCUCGCCCUGCGCCCGCUCCCUCUGCACCAUGCUCCUGUGCAAAGACCCCUUGGAGCGCCUGGGCUGCCGAGGAGCUGGGGCCAAGGAAGUGAAGGAACACCCUCUCUUCAAGCACCUCAACUUCAGGAGGCUGGAAGCAGGCAUGCUGGACCCUCCCUUCAAGCCAGAUCCCCAGGCUAUCUACUGCAAGGAUGUGCUGGACAUCGAGCAGUUCUCCACGGUGAAAGGGGUGGAGCUGGAGCCCACAGACAACGACUUCUACCAGAAGUUUGCUACAGGAAGUGUGCCCAUUCCUUGGCAGAACGAGAUGAUUGAGACAGAGUGUUUUAAGGAGCUGAAUGUCUUUAGCACAGAUGGCACAGUGCCCCCAGACCUGGACUGGAAAGGGCAGCCUUCUCCACAGCCCAAAAAAGGGUUACUGCAGCGCUUGUUCAGCAGACAGAGGUGAGCAGUCACUCCUGGCUGCUCUGCUCAGGGAAAUACCCGGUGGCCCACGGACAUGGCAAGAUCUGGGAAAGAGGAGUGUUGUCCUUCAGUGCCUAUUCCCUUCCCCUGGCAGAGCACAAGCUGCUUGUUGUUCUAACUGCCCCCUGAGCCACUAAUCCAGCAUCCCUGCUCUUGCUGCCUUUGUGGGGGAGGCCUUGCCCUCAGCUUGAGCCAGAGUUGCCCCUGCACUGCUGCUGCUGGGAGUUCUGCUCCCAGGGGGCUCGGGGAGGUUUCCUUCACUCCUCUCUGGAUGUCCGGGACACGCAGAAGGGUUGAGAAACUGUGAAGGGUUUGGCAUUGCCCCAUGCUCAGACUCCCAUUUCAGCAAAAAGGGCUUCAGCUGCUCUCGUGGCCAGCUGAGCCCUGAGCGGGGCCGAGCGUCUGUGCUGGCACUGAGCUUGUGUCCCUGGGUGGCUGCAGUCCCUGGAGCCCAGCUUCCUCACAGCUUCUGAGCUAGCCAGCUGUGUGCUCACCAGUCUGUCUGCCAGGGGCUGAACCUCCAGCUGCAGCUAGACUGUUCUCUGCAGUCUGGGAGUCCCCUCCUGCCUCCAUGUAACUCCUGCACAUGGGCUGGGAGGGAACCUGGCCCAUCCCUGCCAGAGGGCAGCUGUAGGCUGGGUUGUGUUACCGUGCUCACCCUCUGCUUGCUGUGCUCCUCUCUCCCUCCCUCCUCCCUCUCCUUGCCCUUCUGACUUCAGGACUGUUGUGGAAACUGCAGCGACAGCGAGGAAGAGCCCACCCGGCUGUAGAGCACAGCCUGUUCUCCAGCCCCUGGGACCCCCUGGCCUCUCCCGAGUGCCCAGCCUGAAGGACACGGUCGCAGUGGCCCCGCAAGGUGGAUUUGUUUACAGUUUUAUACGUCUGUAUGUGAAGACUGUGAGGAUGAUUCCAAGGCUGGCAGCCGCACACGACUCGGGUUGAGGUGCCUGUCACCACGGGCAGGCCCUGAGACAAACCCGGACGCUUCCAGAUCUGCCACCUGGGAUGGUGCUGGUGCUGCUGCCGCUCCUGUCCCGGGCCCAGGGUGGGAGGAAGGGAGGGAGGGAUGGUGCCAGCGUGGGCCGAGGCCAGGCUGGAGCAGCUCUGCUGACACAUUCCACGGUGCCGAAGCGGCGCCGCAGGUUUGAUGUAUAUUUAUAUAUGUCGGUCUGUACAUAUCACAUGUGGGUUUUUAGUCUAUGGGUGGGGGCCUGCACUGCCCCCACCCUGCCACAGGCACAAAUGUCCUCCUAUGGGAGGAGUGACGUUCCCAGCUUUGUUCCAGGGAGUCCUGGACAGAGGCCUUCUGUGCCUUGAGGUGUCUAAAUCAUCUUUCCUGGACCUUUCUGGCCGUGCUGAGGUGUCCUGGCUCCAGCGGAGUCCACUGCUCAGCCCCGAGGCACAGGAAGGUGCUGUGCCAAAGCGUCUGCCAUCGCGUCCUGGCAGCAGAGCGUCACUGCCUUGUCCUCGUGUCCCUGUCUGCUGGAGCCUGCUGCCUCCUGCCUCGUCUCACACGUGCUGCCAGCUGCAGUGAGCUGAUCGAGCCCCUCUGCAGACCACUGGCACAGGUGGGCACAGCCACCGUGGGCACCUGCUGCUGCUGUGGCCAAAGGGUUGGUCUGAUCCUGGCACACUGCAGAGAGGGGUUCCACCGGCUCUGGACCUGUGCAUUCCAGAGGUGUGGCCAUCCCCAGGCCCAGCUCGGUGGUGGAGGAGCAGACACAUAAAGGACCCUGCUCUCAGAGAGCAAAGCUGUGAUAAAGGGAAUGUCCCUCCCAGGGUCAUGUGAAGCUGUGACCCAAAAGUGAGUGGGCUGGGACCAGCUUAGUGUGUGUCCCCAGGGGUUGUGGGGAGCCAGCACAGCUCCUGCACCCACAGGCAGGAGCCCUCUGUGGGGAGCAGCCCACCUCUCCAUUCAGCUUGUCCUGUCCCCUCUUGUGUACACCUGUCCCAGCUGUGUCCUGAGCAAUAACUCGUCCCUUCUGUGUGUGUGUGUGUGUGCACACGUGUGUGCGUGUGCUGCUGCCUCUGCUCAUUCUGAGCCAGGCCCCCCAGUGGGGCUGAGCACCUACUUGGACCUGUGGUAUCAUUUGCUUGCCUUGCACUAAAGUUGGAGAGUAUUUAAAUUUUUAACCUUUUGUUAAGUGUAAAGAUUUGCUGUGCCUUGUAUUGCUCUCAUGUCAUGGGGGGCCUGCUCUGGGUCCUACAGGGUUGGUGGCUGUAAGAAGGGGAGUGGGGACCUCGUUUCUGGGCUGCCAUGGGCUCUGCUGGUGCUCCUGACCUGCAGGGAAG